AUGCGUCUGCUCUGUAACAUUGCGGUGUGCCUUUUCGUUCUCCUGCUAUGCGCAAGUGGUGCGUCAACAGCCACGAGAGGCAUACAGAAGUACGCUGCAGCUCGGAACGCGUCCGAUGGUUUGCUUCGUCUGGAGACAAACGUGGCUGACGAGCCGAAUCGCUUGCAGCCGCAAGACUCAGUGGCCGACAAGGCCAACGACGAACAUCGGGAACAAGAGGAGAGAGUGGGGAUGACGGUUGAACCCUGGACGUCCAGCGCAGGACAUUUCUUGGAAUCGAACGAGCUGCUACUGCGGCAGAAAAUGCACUUAAACAGAGCGCUCGCGCCUUCCACGCAUGACGAAGAGAUAGAAACGGUGUUCGCUCGUGUGAAUUUGCAGCAGUGGCUUUCCAAGUCCCACAAGCCCGACCACGUCGAAGCGUUUCCGGUUGCUUCCGGUUCCGUCUUGAUUACAAAUGGACGAGGAGGAGGAGUGGCGAAAGUUUUCCUCUGGCUUCGAGGAUUCACUCACCAAAAAGACUUUGCGGAGAUGUGGCAACGUAUUUUACUCGCUCACUACCCUGAGACUUUGCCACUGGUGUCUGAGGUGUGGCUGAAGUCAGGCUUGAGCCCCACAGAAGCUUACCGCAUGAUGCCCGUCUCAGCCAAGAAGACGUAUGGUUGGCUCGAUGUCCACCGCACGACCAAUGAUUGGAUUGAUUAUGUUGACAAGUAUCGAUCUCUGGGUCACGACUACAGCGACAGCCAAGUGGCUCGAGUGUUGGCGAACGAUAGGCACGCAAACACGUUGGAAGAAAUUUUUAACUGGCUCAGGAUAACUCCGUCUAAGAAGGACGGCGCAGACCGGAUGCAAAAAGGUUAG